GGGGGCAGCAGUGCACUAACCGUGUCUACUCUGCUGCACAAAAAGCAGGAAGCAGACAGAGCCCCGUGUGCGGUUAGCUCGGAGCUAAAGCUAAAAACACUUUGUUAAAAUGUCCAAAGGCCAAACGCUGAGAGCUUUGGUGAAUGAGCGGCUGACUGCGGCUGCUGAAGAGAUCUUUGCGCUGUUUGAAAGAACGAUAGCGGAGUAUGAGGAGGAACUGUGUCGCUCCAAAGAGGAGAACCAGAGGAACCAGGACACUCCACAGACUCCACGGAUUAAAGAGGAGCCAGAGGAGCAGAGCGUCAAACAGGAGGAAGACACGCUCCCAGCACAGCUCCCAGUGGGCAUCCCAGAGUUCAGUGUUGUCUGUGUGAAGACAGAAGAGUCCUCACUGCUUCAACAUAGACAAACUGAGCACAGAGAGGAAACACAGGGAGAGGACAUCAGCACAGAGCCACAUUUACACUCCGAGACUGAGGGACACAUGGAGCACUCCUCUGACACUGACAAUGAUGAAAACUGGAGAGCUCCAUUCAGCUGUUCAGCUGCACAGAUGGAGACAGAGGCUGAUGGAGACCACUGCAAACAAGUCCAGAAAGGCCAAACGUUGAGAGCUUUGGUGAAUGAGCGUCUGACUGCAGCUGCUGAAGAGAUCUUUGCGCUGUUUGAAAGAACGACAGCAGAGUAUGAGGAGGAACUGUAUCGCUCCAAAGAGGAGAACCAGAGGAACCAGGACACUCCACAGACUCCAUGGAUUAAAGAGGAGCAGAGCGUCAAACAGGAGGAAGACACGCUCCCAGCACAGCAGCUCCCCGUGGGUGUCCCAGAGUUCAGUGUUGUCUGUGUGAAGACAGAAGAGUCCUCACUUCUUCAACAUAGACAAUCUGAGCACAGAGAGGAAACACGGGGGGAGGACAUCAGCACAGAGCCACAUUUACACUCAGAGACUGAGGGACACAUGGAGCACUCCUCUGACACUGACGAUGAUGAAGACUGGAGAGCUCCAUUCAGCUGUUCAGCUGCACAGAUGGAGACAGGGGCUGAUGGAGACCACUGCAACCAAGUCCAGAUGAGAGCAAGAAGCACCGCUGCAUCAAACUCUGGUGCAGACUUGUAUUUGGGGAAUAGACCUGAGACCAGUGCCACUGUAAAUUAUGGAGAUACGUCAGAAACAGCCCAAGAAGCUGAGGGCAAGAAAUUUGAAUGCCCCAUGUGUCAAAAGAGGUUUGGUACUAUGCAGAAAUUAGAAACACACAUUCGAGUUCACACAGGAGAGAGACCAUUCAGCUGUGUACUUUGCUUGAAAACAUUUACUACAAAGGGCAGUCUAGAUAAACAUGUAAAGAUACACUCUGGUGAACGACCUUACAGCUGUUCAACAUGUGAUAAAACAUUUACCCAAAAGCAUGGCCUAGAUUACCACGUAAAGACACACACCGGAGAUAAACCGUUCAGUUGUUCAAUAUGUAAAAAGACAUUUUUUGUUAAGAGUUCUCUUGUUCGACACCUGAGAACACACACAGGUGAUAGACCUUACAGCUGUUCAACAUGUGAGAAAACGUUUACCAUGAAAAGUCAUCUUGACACACAUAUAAAAAUACAUACAGGAGAGAAACCUUACAGCUGUUCAACAUGCGAGAAAACAUUUACCCAAAAAUCCAGUCUAGAUUACCAUGAAAAGAAACACUCAGGGGAGAAACCAUUCAGCUGCUCAAUAUGUGAAAAAACAUUCUGUGAUAAGAGUGCGCUUGUUCAACAUCUGAGAACACACACAGGUGAGAGACCUUACAGCUGUUCAACAUGUGAGAAAACAUUUGUCACAAAGAGUAAUCUAGAGAAACACGAGAGAACACACACUGGUGAGAGACCUUACAGUUGUUCCAUUUGUAAUAAAGGGUUUAAACUUAAACAGCAUUUGAAGAAACACAUGAGAACUCACAAAACAGAAAGUGACUGAAGGCUAAUUGGUUGUGUUCAUGAGAUGUUUUAAAGAGAAUGUAUUGGAGUCUGCUGCUUCAUUUUGAAUGAAAAUCCUGUCAUGAUAAAAAUAGUUUUGUUUUUUAUAAAAGUCAAAUUUGAGGACCAAUGAUGAGCUAAUGACUUAUUUGAUGAUGGAAGGAGCACAGAGACACGUGAUAAAAUCCUGUCCAAAUAAACAUUACAACAUG